AAGAAGAAGAAAAAAGAGAGAGACCUCACGUCACACAUCUCGCACUCGCAUUUCCCAAAUUUCUAAGUUUCAAAAAUAUUAGGCAAUGUUAUAAACAGAUCGUGUGAUUUCAAUUUGUUAUUAUUAUUUGAAAUUUCAAUUCACCUUUUUGUUUUCCCGAGGAUACAAAAGAAGGAUCCAAUAAAAAGAAAAUUUUGUUUUUAUUAGAAUCCAUAUAUUAUCAUAGCUUUGCUGAUUCGAGGUCGAGAAACAGCUCUGGAGCUGUAACGGAAACGACGGCGUUUUGAACACACACACACACACACAGAGAGAGAGAGAGAGAGAGAGAGAGAGAGAGAGAGAGAGAGAGAGAGAGAGGAGGUUAGGAUAGGGGUUAGGAUUAGGGUUGGGGAUGGGGUCGAAGAAGGCGGAAAGUACAUCGGCAGCAGCGGCAGCUCCAAUAAUUCGAAGAGAUCCUUAUGAGGUGUUAUCCGUUUCGAGAGAUUCUACAGAUCAGGAGAUUAAAACUGCUUAUAGAAAAUUAGCUCUCAAGUAUCAUCCAGACAAAAAUGCCAGCAACCCUGAAGCCUCUGAGCAUUUCAAGGAGGUUGCGUAUUCCUACAGCAUCUUAUCUGACCCGGAAAAGAGAAGGCAGUAUGAUAGUGCGGGGUUUGAGGCUCUUGAUGCUGAAAGCAUGGAUAUGGAAAUUGACUUAUCUAAUCUGGGAACUGUCAAUACUGUAUUUGCUGCAUUAUUCAGUAAGCUUGGUGUCCCUAUCAAAACUACAAUUUCUGCUAAUGUUCUUGAAGAUGCUCUUAACGGAACUGUCACAGUCAGACCCCUUCCUAUUGGAACAGCAGUUAGUGGGAAGGUGGACAAGCAAUCUGCCCAUUUCUUUGGCGUAACGAUAAAUGAGCAACAAGCUGAGUCAGGACUUGUUGUGAGAGUAACUUCAACUGCACAAAGCAAGUUUAAGUUACUUUAUUUUGAACAAGAUGCCAAUGGUGGCUAUGGUUUGGCGUUACAGGAAGAUAGUGAGAAGACUGGCAAGGUGACGUCUGCAGGGAUGUAUUUCUUACAUUUUCAAGUGUACAGAAUGGAUUCAACUGUAAAUGCUUUAGCAAUAGCCAAGGAUCCUGAUGCUGCUUUUUUUAAAAGAUUGGAAGGUCUUCAACCUUGUGAGGUUUCAGAACUAAAAGCCGGCACUCAUAUAUUUGCUGUUUAUGGUGAUAAUUUUUUUAAGACUGCUACCUACACAAUAGAGGCAUUGUGUGCAAAAGCAUAUGAAGAUACCACGGAGAAGCUCAAGGAGAUUGAAGCACAAAUUUUGCGAAAAAGAAAUGAGCUACGUCAAUUCGAAACAGAAUACAGAAAGGCUUUGGCACGAUUUCAAGAAGUAACCAACAGAUACAGCCAGGAAAAGCAAUCUGUGGACGAGCUGCUGAAGCAGCGGGAUAGUAUACAUGCUUCAUUCACUGUAACCAGGACAGUCAGUAAUAUAAGUAACGGCAGUACAAGCAAAGUUCUCGGUGAGGAUUUAAGAGCUGAGAGUCCAGGGGAAGACGGAAGUGAUGGAAAGGAUAAAUCAGCCAAAAAGAAGUGGUUCAACUUGAACCUUAAAGGGUCUGAUAAAAAGCUUGGUUGAAAACUGAAAAGUUGUUUAGGUGGUUUUGUAUUGCUUGAGAGGUUUGAAGGGGCAGCCAGCAUGGCAUUAAAUUCUUUGGCCACCCAAUUUGUUGAAUGCAAAAGGUUUUAGUGUAUUGUUUAUUCUAUAUUUUUUUCUCACUAGGGUUUUUCUUUUUUCUCUCUUUGAGGUGGUUUUCCUAUGGCAUGUUACAAUAUGGUUGGUUCUACAAGGAGUUUCACAGUUUUAAGGUGUAUGUAUAAUUUUAAUUCAUAUUCGUAAAUUGCGUUUCUUGUCCUCAUAGGUGAGAUAGCAACCUGAACAUAUGUUGUAACUCUCUUUUCUUAAUAAAACAUUCAUUUUGCUUGUUUUCA